AUGUCUGCCGAGCAGGCCACCAAGCCUGCUGAGGCCGCCCCCGCCGCCCCUGCUCCCGCUGCCGCCGCCCCUGCUCCCGCUGCCGCCGCCCCUGCCGAGGGUGCUGCUGCUGGUGCCGCGCCCGCCGAGGGAGAGAAGCCCUCGAAGAAGGGAGCUAAGAAGGAGGCUAAGCGUCUCGAGAAGCUCGCCAAGGCUGCUGCAAAGCAGUCCGUCGCUACUCCCCAGAACGCCGGCCCCAAGAAGGAGAAGAAGGUCAAGGAGAAGAAGGAGGAGCAGCCUGCCGAGGAGUGGGUCAACCCUACUCCCCCCGGAGAGAAGAAGGACCUCUCGGGCGACAUUCCUCCGGGAGGCUACGACCCCAUCAAGGUCGAGGCCGCUCACUAUGACUGGUGGGAGAAGGAGGGCUUCUUCCUCCCCAAGUUCCAGGAGGAUGGCACCCCUCUGCCCAAGGGAACGUUCUCCAUGGUCUUCCCUCCCCCGAACGUCACCGGAAACCUUCACAUCGGUCACGCCCUUACCACCGCUCUCCAGGACUCGCUGAUCCGUUGGAAGCGCAUGCAGGGUUACACCACCCUUUUCGUUCCCGGUUACGACCACGCCGGUAUUGCUACCCAGGCUGUCGUCGAGGCUCGUCUCCUCAAGAACGAGGGCCACUCAAGGCACUACUACGGCCGUGAGAAGUUCCUUGAGAAGGUCUGGGAGUGGAAGGAGGAGUACCAGGCGAACAUCACCAACCAGAUGCGUCGUCUCGGUGGCUCUUUCGAGUGGGGCCGUGUUGCCUUCACCAUGUCGGACUCGCUCUCUGAGGCUGUCCGCGAGGCCUUCGUCGCCCUUCACGAGAAGGGCCUCAUCUACCGUGCCAACCGUCUCGUCAACUGGUGCUGCUACCUCAACACCUCGCUCUCCAACCUCGAGGUUGACCAGAAGCACGUCACCGGCCGCACUCUCCUGAAUGUCAAGGGCUACGACCCCAAGGAGCGCUUCGAGUUCGGUGUCAUCACCUCGUUCAAAUACCCUAUCGAGAACUCGGACGAGUUCAUCGUUGUCGCCACCACCCGUCCCGAGACGAUGCUCGGAGACACUGCUGUCGCCGUUCACCCUGAUGACGAGCGCUACAAGCACCUCCACGGCAAGUACGUCAUCCACCCCUUCAACGGCCGUCGCAUCCCCAUUGUCACCGACCCCAUCACCGUCGACAUGGAGUUCGGAACCGGUGCCGUCAAGAUCACCCCUGCCCACGACCCCAACGACUUCGAGUGCGCUCAGCGCAACAACCUCGAGUUCAUCAGCCUGAUGAACGACGACGGUACCUACAACGAGAACGCCGCUCCCUUCCAGGGAAUGAAGCGCUUCCACGUCCGUAACAAGAUCAUCGAGGCGCUCAAGGAGAAGGGUCUCUACGUCGGCCAGGAGGACAACGAGAUGCAGCUCCCCAUCUGCUCUCGCUCCGGCGACAUUGUCGAGUCGAUCAUGAAGCCCCAGUGGUGGGUCAGCUGCAAGCCGAUGGCUGAGGAGGUCCUCAAGCGCACUGAGGCCGGAGAGCUCGAGAUCAAGCCCAAGCAGAUCUCCAACGACUGGAUCCGCUGGAUGGAGAACAUGCAGGACUGGUGCAUCUCCCGUCAGCUCUGGUGGGGACACCGCUGCCCUGCUUACCUCCUCAAGUUCGACGGCGAGACCCCCAACACGGCCGACGAGAACAACUGGAUCGUUGCCCGCUCGCUCGAGGAUGCCCAGAAGGAGGCCGAGAAGCGCGCCAACGGCCGCAAGUUCACGCUUGAGCAGGACGAGGAUGUCCUUGACACCUGGUUCUCGUCUGGUCUCUGGCCCUUCUCCACUCUCGGCUGGCCGAAGGAGACUGACGACCUGAAGCACUUCUACCCCAACUCCAUCCUUGAGACCGGAUGGGACAUUCUGUUCUUCUGGGUCGCGCGUAUGGCCUUCAUGGGCAACCAGCUCACCGACAAAAUGCCUUUCAAGGAGGUCUACUGCCACCCCAUGGUCCGUGACGCUUGGGGACGCAAGAUGUCCAAGUCCACCGGAAACGUCAUCGACCCUCUCGAUGUCAUCACCGGUCAGAACCUCCAGAAGCUCCACGCCGACCUCCGCAAGGGUAACCUUCCCGAGAAGGAGAUCAAGAAGGCCGAGGAGGGUCAGAAGAAGCUCUUCCCCAAGGGUAUCCCCCAGUGUGGAACCGACGCUCUUCGUUUCACUCUCUGUAACUACACUUCUGGAGGCCGAGACAUCAACCUCGACAUUGGCCGUGUUGAAGGCUACCGCAAGUUCUGCAACAAGCUCUGGAACGCCACCAAGUUCGUCCUCUUCCGUCUCGACCUCUUCGACCUCGAGGGCAAGCGCAAGGCUGGCAACUUCAAGCCCAACGCUUCUGCUAAGCCCACCGGCAAGGAGAGCAUCGCCGAGAAGUGGAUCCUCCACCGUCUCAACGCUGCCGCGGCCCUGGUUAACCAGUCUCUGGAGAACCGCGACUUCGCCGACGCCACCAACCACGCCUACCGAUUCUUCCUCAAUGACUUCUGUGACGUUUUCAUCGAGGCUACCAAGCCCGUCUUUGAGGCCAACGAGGACUCGCCGGAGAAAAUCUCUUGCCAGAACACCCUCUACACUGCCCUUGACGGCGGUCUCCGCCUCCUCCACCCCUUCAUGCCCUAUGUCACCGAGGACCUUUGGCAGCGUCUCCCGCGCCGUGCUGGCGACGAGACCAAGUCGAUCAUGGUUGCCUCCUUCCCCGAGGAGACCUCCGACUUCGACUUCCCCCAGGCCGCCGCCGACUUCGAGCUCACCAACGACGUUAUUGGUGCCGCUCGUUCCAUCGUUGGUCUCUACAACCUUCCCACCAACGGCAAGACCCUCGAGGACAAGAUCACCGUCAUUGUCCAGGCCAAGACCCCCGAGCAGAAGGCUAUGCUCGAGUCGCAGGCUUCCAUCAUUGUCGCCCUCACCAAGGGUGCUGGCCAGGCCAGGUUCAUUUCGGAGGACAGCGAGGUCCCCAACGGAUGUGCUUCCGAGGUUGUCACCGCCGACCUCAACGUCCACAUCCCUGUUGCCGGAAAGGUCGACGCCGCUUCGGAGAUCGCCAAGCUCGAGAAGAAGCAGGGUAUCGCUCAGACUGGAAAGGACAAGCUCGUCAAGCUUACCCAGCAGUCCAACUACGAGACUGCCGUCCGUGAGGAGGUCAGGCAACAGAACGCCGAGAAGCUCGAGAAGCUCGAGAGCGAGAUUGAGGCCAUCCGCCUGGGUAUUGAGCGAUUCAAGACCUUCCUCUAA